CCCGCUUCUAUAAAAGCCGACGCCGCGCCUCGCCGCCGUAGUGGCCUUGUUCCCUGCCUUUUUCUUCUUUCUGUGAGGCCGCCCUGAUCUAGUCAGCCUCCGGCCCGCAGUCUCCUUGAGGCCGAGCAUCAUGCCUUCAAUUAAGUUGCAGAGUUCUGAUGGAGAGAUAUUUGAAGUUGAUGUUGAAAUUGCCAAACAGUCUGUGACUAUCAAGACCAUGUUGGAAGAUUUGGGAAUGGAUGAUGAAGGGGAUGAUGACCCAGUUCCUCUACCAAAUGUUAACGCAGCAAUAUUAAAAAAGGUCAUUCAGUGGUGCACCCACCACAAGGAUGACCCCCCUCCUCCUGAGGAUGAUGAGAACAAAGAAAAGCGAACAGAUGAUAUCCCUGUUUGGGACCAAGAAUUCCUGAAAGUUGACCAAGGGACACUUUUUGAACUUAUUCUGGCUGCAAACUACUUAGACAUUAAAGGUUUGCUUGAUGUUACAUGCAAGACUGUUGCCAAUAUGAUCAAGGGGAAAACUCCUGAGGAGAUUCGCAAGACCUUCAAUAUCAAAAAUGACUUUACUGAAGAAGAGGAAGCCCAGGUACGCAAAGAGAACCAGUGGUGUGAAGAGAAGUGAAAUGUUAUGCCUGACACUGUAACACUGUAAGGAUUGUUCCAAAUACUAGUUGCACUGCUCUGUUUAUAAUUGUUAAUAUUAGACGAACCGUAGACAAAUGCAGCAGCAAAUCAGUUGUUUUAGCAGAAUAUUGUCCUCUUUGCAUGUGUAAUUUGAGUACAGAUUCCAAACUAGAUCACAAGUUUCUUUUUUCUUUACUCUGAAUAAAACUCAACUGUGGGUUCUCAGAAGGUGACAUUUUGGGAUUUCCCUCUUUGUAAAACGAUUUCCGCCUAGUUUAUUGUGAGUUAACUUUAGUUUAAUGACCUUUUAAAAGUUGGCAUUGUAAAUAAAACAAAGUUGCAAAAAGUUUUCUGAAAUAGAAUUAACAACGUAUUAUCUUUAUUCAUGAGUCGGGAACUGGGAAAAGGCUACUUGAGGUAAAUGUUUUGAGUGGGGUUAUUAGGAUGUCUUCCGGCUUCCUGGAGUCGAGCACCGCCGGUGUGGAUGAGCCUGUGUGCAGCAGGGCUCCCUUCACUGGACCUAAGGACUUGUUUUUGCAUUUUUAAUUCUUAGCUUUGGAUAUGUUGGCUAGAGACUCAGUUACUCCUCACUUUGUUGUUUUUGGGGAAUAUAACUAGAUGGUCUGUUAGCUUUUCAAUUAAAAAGGACAGAUAACCUAUGUGAUAUGUCAUCUUUUUAUAAUCAGUGAUCCCAUGUGGGGGAAAAGUCACACUACUUGCAUGUAAAAAUAAUUUAACCUUUAACAUUAAAAUGUCUGGCAAAACCUAGAAAGCAUCCAUCAUGAAUGCAAGAUACCUUCAAUAAAAAGUAAGUUACGUAGGUGGUAAA